UGAGUCUAUUCAUCCAGUACGGAGGAAGAGGAUACCCUCUUCUGUUUUUUGUUGAAAAUGGCCGAGUAUUUGGCGUCUAUUUUCGGUACAGAGAAAGAUAAAGUUAAUUGCUCUUUCUACUUCAAAAUCGGAGCAUGUCGCCAUGGGGACCGAUGCUCUAGGCUCCACAACAAACCCACUUUUAGCCAGACUAUUGCUCUUUUGAAUAUUUACCGGAACCCUCAAAACACUGCUCAGUCUGCGGAUGGAUUAAGCACGGUCAGUGAUGUUGAGAUGCAGGAGCACUAUGAUGAGUUCUUUGAGGAAGUGUUCACGGAGAUGGAGGAGAAGUAUGGGGAGGUGGAAGAGAUGAACGUGUGUGAUAAUCUUGGAGAUCAUCUAGUGGGAAACGUCUAUGUGAAGUUCCGCCGUGAGGAGGAUGCAGAGAAAGCUGUGCUGAACCUGAAUAACCGUUGGUUCAAUGGGCAGCCCAUCCAUGCGGAGCUCUCUCCAGUCACUGACUUCAGAGAGGCCUGCUGCAGGCAGUACGAAAUGGGAGAGUGUACUCGAGGUGGGUUCUGCAAUUUCAUGCAUCUAAAGCCAAUCUCACGGGAACUCCGACGAGAACUGUAUGGCCGCCGGCGAAAGAGGCAUCGUUCUCGCUCUCGUGAGCGGCGCUCACGUUCCCGCGAACGUAACCGAGGUGGACGGGACCGCGAGCGGCGGAGGUCUCGGGACAGAGAGCGCUCCGGAAGAUUUUAAAGCUCCGGCCUAGAGGCCACCCUCUUACCUUGCUUUUGGAGGUGUUCCAUGCCCUUAUGGCAAAAAUGUGAUAAAUGUUUGAGACUCUCCUGCUUUUUUUUUUUUUUUUUUUUUUUUUUUUUUUUUUUUUACACACCCACAUUGAUAUGUCCUAUAUCGUUCUUACAUAGUGAACUAAAUUUCUGCUUUCUGAUUAAAAAAAAAAAAAUGUCAUA